AGACAAAGAAGCUAUGUGUUGGGCUUGGGGGCUUCAGAUAACACAGUUGAAGUAAUAAGUCCUGACAAUAAGUGACGACAUGCUCUCUUGGACAAGUGUCUAAAUUAGAACAGGGUUAGUUUCUUUAUCUGUGAUAGUGUUAAAAUGAUUAAUAGCAUGGAAGUGAACCUAAAUACAUAAAAAAGUGAAUCAACAGGAUUGAAGAUGUGUUUGUCUUUCGGAAAAUGCAGGACAAGGCAAAAUUAAGAUGGAAAUUCAUAGGCGAUCAGAGAGGUCUACUUGGAAUUGGCCUUUGCUUGGUUCCGUUGUGGUUCUUAAUGUAUGCAUUCCAAGUCUGGUGUUAGCUUAUGGAGUAUUCUUAGUGAAUUCUUUGGACUUAGGAGUUCCACUAUGGCUUGGACUAUCCACCCCUGCCAUUUUCAUAUACUCCUACAGUCUAACACAAUGCUGGUGCCGAGACGCUGCAGACUCCUGGGGCGGCCAGGUCGGUUAUCGGGUGAUGGCGACCCUCGGCUUGCUGUUCAUCAUAGUUAGCCUGUUAUUGUGCGCUUUCCUGCCUUACCAUAUACAUCCGUAUAUCUAUGGAGUUUUAGGAGGUUGUGGAUCAUCUUUGUUAUCAGCACAGGUAGAUGCAGUUGUAUUUGAGACAUAUGACACGCGGCUUGGAUUGGUUCGAGGAAUAUGCUUUGGAGCUCAAGCAGUGGGCCAGUCGAUUUUUCCACACAUUAUAACAGCACUUAUAGAUUCUUAUGGUUAUUCAUUUUCAUUCAUAGUUUUGAGUGGAAUAAUGUUACAAACAAUGCCAGCAAUUUUAUUGCUAAAAAUAGACGAGAGUGUCAAAAGGCCAGUCUCCUUAUCGCGAUAUACCGAUAAAACUUAUGCUAUUUUCAAUAACGAAGUUAUGAAUGGUUACACGAACGAAUUACAAUUGAUUGAUUUGAGUAAGAAAUGUUGGAAAAGUCCACAUGACGAUAACGCUCAUCGUGAAGAAAUCCUCGAAGAUGAUCAAUAUUUCGACGAUAUAAAUGUUACUAUAACACCUCCUCCCAGUCCAGAAGAGAAAAGACGAAAUAUGUUUGGUGUUGAAAUAUUACCCGAGAUACCCGAGGAAAGUGAAGAUAGUGAAAACGGGUCGGAAGCCGAUGAUGAGAGCGCAAAUAACGUGAGCAAGAGUCAAAAGCGAUUCAGCAAUGCACUAAAAAGACUGAGUAUUCUAGGUGAUAGCUUUGACGAGUAUAUAACGAAACAGAUUAGACGAGACUCUCAAACGGAACGGGAAAGUGAAAACAAAGACUACACUGAGGUAGAAGUUACAUAUGAUAACAUUUCACCAGUGACUGAUGUCCAAAGGGAGAAGAUAUUCAAUUCCUUUAGUUUUAGAUGUCAUUCAGCUUAUGCGAGUUUUAGGAGACGAAUGCGAAUGCCUUCAUACAGAGUGUACAGGCUCAGGCGAAGACUUCUUUUUCUGAUGUACAGUUUCAACGACACAUUUAUAAAACCACUAACUAGAUCUCUGUCAUGUUGGAGAUUUUAUCCAGCAUUGUUUCUUUGCUUCUCUAAAUUAAGUUUGACAGCGAUUACAUUAGUUUUAUUACCAGUUAUUGCAAGCCAAGUGCAACCAAAGAUUUCUUCUACUGAAACCAAUUUUAUGUUUUCUCUACAUGGCUUUACGUGGAUGUGUGUUUUGUUAAGCACGCCUUGGCUCGCCCAGACACCAAAAAGAAAUUUCAAAUAUGUAACUGUUAUUGGAUUGCUUAUAUCUACAGGCGCAUGUUUUAUACUAUCUAUUGCCACAAAUCACGACUUAUUUUCAAUCGGCUGCGUUAUUGCUGGGCUUGGAUACGGUGCCCUAACUUCAUGUUGGGAGACCGCGGCACAAGAUUUUGUGGGGCUCCGCAAAUGGCCCAAGUUCCACAGCGCUUUAGAAACACUUUCAGGGACACUGCUGUUUUUAUUUUGGGUAGGACUCUCAUUCUUGGUAGACCGAGAGGGCGGUGUCCAAUAUGCAAUGUUUAUACAAAGCUCAAUACUUGUUGGUAUAACUGUAAUAUGGGUGAUAUUGGCUGCAAUAUCUCUGUACUUUACAAAAUUGAGAUCUCUUGGGUGUGGGCAACGCUGUACGUUUUAAAAAUUAGAUAUGUAACAUGUAAAUAUAGAAAAUAGAGCAUAUUUCUAUUUUGUACAUUAUGUAUAAUUAUUUGUAAGUAAGUAAAGGUACUGUCAUUUUAACUUUAUCCUUCAUAUUAAAUGUUAUACUCAUUUUAUAAGAAAAUAGUUUUAUU